ACUGCAUGCCGAAAGAAGAGAGAGAAAGAGAGAAAAGGAGAGGAACUGAGGAAGAAAAUAGAGAGAGAAAGAGAGAGAGCUGUAUUCCACAUGGCCUCGUUACCGCUGGGGCUUCAUCCACCAGAGAGUGAAGGAGUGAAGAUUGCGCCUCGUCGGCCGGAGAUGGGAGACGAUAAGGAAAUGCUCCCUGCCGUUGUUGAGGGGAAUGAUCCGGUAACUGGUCAUAUCAUUUCAACCACCAUUGGAGGCAAAAAUGGUGAAGCCAAGCGGACCAUCAGUUACAUGGCAGAGCGUGUUGUGGGGAAUGGGUCAUUUGGAGUAGUCUUUCAGGCAAAAUGCUUGGAGACUGGUGAGACGGUUGCUAUAAAGAAGGUCUUGCAGGACAGGCGGUAUAAAAAUCGUGAACUGCAGCUCAUGCGCUCUAUGGAUCACCCGAAUGUGGUUUCUUUGAAGCACUGCUUUUUUUCUACAACCAGUAAAAAUGAGCUGUUUCUCAACCUGGUCAUGGAAUAUGUCCCAGAGACUGUGUAUCGUGUUUUGAAACACUACAGCAAUGCAAACCAAAGGAUGCCACUUAUCUAUGUGAAACUGUACACUUACCAAAUUUUUAGGGGGCUGGCUUAUAUUCACACUGUUCCUGGAGUUUGCCAUAGAGACGUGAAGCCUCAAAAUCUUCUGGUUGAUCCCCUUACUCAUCAAGUCAAGCUUUGUGAUUUUGGAAGUGCAAAAGUUCUGGUAUGUGGCGAAGCGAAUAUAUCAUACAUUUGCUCUCGAUACUACAGAGCUCCAGAACUCAUAUUUGGUGCAACAGAAUAUACGACGUCAAUUGAUAUCUGGUCAGCUGGUUGUGUUCUGGCUGAGCUUCUUCUAGGACAGCCGCUGUUUCCGGGAGACACUGCGGUGGAUCAACUUGUAGAGAUCAUCAAGGUUCUUGGAACUCCAACUCGGGAAGAGAUUCGAUGUAUGAAUCCAAAUUAUACCGAGUUUAGGUUUCCACAGAUAAAGGCUCACCCUUGGCACAAGGUAUUCCACAAGAGGAUGCCUCCAGAAGCAAUUGAUCUUGCGUCAAGGCUUCUACAAUAUUCACCUAGUCUUCGCUGCACUUCUCUAGAAGCAUGUGCUCAUCCUUUUUUUGAUGAGCUCAGGGAACCCAAUGCCCGCCUCCCUAAUGGUCGGCCUCUACCCCCUCUAUUCAACUUCAAACAAGAAUUAUCUGGAGCUCCACCAGAGCUCAUAAACAGGUUGAUACCAGAGCAUAUGAGGCGACAAUCUGGUCUAAAUCACUUGCACCCAGCAGGCACAUAAGCAAAUGAACCUGGAGCCAGACUUUUGGUACUUCAUGGAUGCAAAGCAAAAGUUGCAAGCUUUGUGGUUAAAUCAGCAUACAUACAGGCCCAAGAAGUGGAAUUUCUAGCUCCACAAUGCUCUGACAUGUGUGGCGGUUGGCUGGGCCUUCUGAAAUUUGGUGAAUUUAUCUACUACAUUUUUUGCUUUUCGCUUUUGGCCUAAAUGUCUCAUGCUUCUGUAUAUUGUCACAUGAUAAAGAAUCCAAGUUGGGCUGAUCAAAGUAGCUGUGAGUAGAAGAAAGAUUGUGCAAAGCGCUUCCUUUAGGCAGAGGGGCACAAAUAGGUUGGCAAGAGCAAGCAAAGGUAGUGGUGGUGGGUUGUUGGGAUAAGUUUAAUUACGUGUUGUUGUUUCUACUUAUGUUUAUGGCCGGCUUGUGGUCGCGGACUCGCAAUUGAAAAGGCAAGUGUUCUGUGUACCCUUUUUGUCAUGUUUACAUCUGCAGUUCAUAUGAUAGUAAAAGUUUUUGAA